AUGAAUGUUGUUAAGAUAAAUGGCGUGAAGGUUUACAAUCUAACAGCGAAUCGUUCCCUUCCAGAAUGGGCCUCUAAGUCUGAAAAGCGUAAAAGGAAGUCAGAUAUGGAAUUAAGUCGGCGCAUUGAACUUAUUCAGGAAUUAGAAAUGCCCGAUUCAACCACUUAUUUAACUUGCUCACCAGAUGGUCAGUACUUGUUCGCUCUAGGACGUUAUAAACCUAGAGUCAAAUGUUACGAACUGUCAAAUCUUUCAAUGAAGUUUGAUCGAUGUCUUGACUGUAUGCCAUAUAAAAUGGUGUGCCUUAGUGACAACUACUCCAAGUUUGCCUUACUGGAGGAAGAAAGAUGGGUUGAAAUUCAUGCUGCUGGGGGACACCACUUCAAGUUUAGAGUUCCGAAACAAGGUGUGGAUUUGGAUUAUUGUCCUUACACGUGUGAUCUUUUUGUUGCCUCAUCUCGCAACCAUAUAUACCGAAUGGAUUUGUCCGAAGGUCGUUUCAAAACAUCUCUAGUCUCCCAACGUUUAGAAAACUCUAGUCAUGGAUUAACGGUAUGUAGCUUUGAGAGAAAUUAUGGUUUGUUACUUGGUGCGUCGACAAUAGGGUGUGUUGAUGGUUGGGAUACUAGAACUUCUGAGCAUGUAUUUGGUCUGAACGUAUGUGAAUACGCGCCUACACCAGAAGAUAUCCAGAAUAAAUGGCGAUCAACUGCUGUAACUUGCCUGUCAUUUAAAGACUCGCUCAACGUCGCAAUAGGCACGGGAGACGGGAUGGUAUACAUAUACGACCUUCGUCAAAAUCGUAAGCCAUGGCACGUCCGGGACACAGAAUACAGAGAGCCUAUCAAAUCCAUUCAUUUUCAUGAUGACAAAGUGUUAGCAGCCCUGCGCUACUGCUGUAAAAUAUGGUCAGUGGAUACUGGCAAGAUAUUUGUUGGUUUCAAUAUUGGUCCUUCAGAUUGUAAUUCUAUGUAUCACUUUCCUAACAGUGGAUUACUCAUGUUUGCAUCAGAGUCUCCCAAGAUUUCUACCUACUUUAUCCCACUGCUUGGAGAGGCACCUUUCUGGUGCAGUUAUUUAGACAGUCUUGUGGUCGAAUGCGAACCAGAUGUUACAACUAUGUAUGACGGUUAUAAAUUCAUCACUCGUCAACAGUUAGCAGAUUUGGGAAUGUCAGAGCUCAUUGGAACUCAAUUUUUGAGAGCUUACAUGCAUGGAUAUUUCAUUUCUGCAAAUCUGUACAACAAAAUACAAGAUCAUCUGGGGAUUAAUCAGAAAUCCCUUACCCAAACAGUCAAGCUUAACUAUCCUGACAAUGUACCUAAAACUUCGUCGCGUUCUGAAAAUAUAAUUGCAGAGUUUAACGAAGCCUCAGCCGACCAGCGCUUUUCCAAACUCUCAGAUAAUCCUAAGCUUACAUACAGUACUGUAGAUGGCGAUUCAGAUCUCAUACAAAUUCAUCAAGCAAGAUUGGAAAAGAAGCGCAGGCGUAAAGAACUGCGGAAAGAACGAGCUGCUCGAACACAGGCUUUGGUUAAUAAAGCCUCUGAUGUGCAUUUAUGUUCUCAAAAUUUUUCCGUGUUAUUAGUUGUAUUUAGUUCGCCUCAUAUAUUUUUCAGCAUGAAUCGAGGUCGACGUCGUGGUGGCGGUCCGAACUUAUCAGGUCUUCGUGAUGGUGUGAAACGUCGUCUAUUUGAUCCCCACUCUGUUCCUACCAAACCUGAUCCUAAGUUCGAGGUUACCAUUAACUCAUCUUUAAGCGAUUCCAGCGCUAACAACAAUCCAGACGUAGUAAAAGAUGAUAUCGAUAGUUUACAGAUAAAUUUGUUUGAAAUAACGGCCAAAAUGGAAGCUGCAUUUCGUUCUGGUCCAUUUUAUCACUCAGUUCCAGAGCUAUCAGAAGGAAUCGAUGUAUCGUCUUUAUUAUCCAGUAACAGCUUAAAUCUCAGAAAAAAAUCACAAAAUAUGGUAUCUCUUUUACAUCUUCUGGUCUCUCAUGAAAUUAAUCAGUGGUCUGACGAAGAUAUGAACAUAAAAGAGCCUGAGGAUUUCUAUCCCAAAGAACUGAUUUCUCGAACCCGAAUCAAUUUAAAAAGUAAUAGGCGUGCCACGCAAAAAUCAAAAUUGGCUUCUCGACGUAGUAAGCAGAAUUACUGCGAUAUUGGUCAAGUUAUAACUGACAGUUUUAUCCAACAAGUCACUGAAACUCUCCCAGAAAAUGACGAAGAUGUAGAGAAAAUCGAUGUAAAUAAUAGUGAAAAUGAAGAUGCAGAUUCAGAAGAUGCUCGGUGGAAUGGUGAUGUUAAUCAAAAUGAUGAAAUUGAUGAACUUGAUGAUGAUGAAUUUGAUAAUGAUUAUUGUCAAGAAUAUUUCGACAAUGGUGAAAAAGAUUUUAGUGAUGAUGGUCUAGGUGGUGAUGAUGAUGGAGGAGGUGCUAAAUAUUAUGAAUGA